CACAAGAAAAACAAAACAGAGGAGAAAAAAUGUCUGAGAAUGCAACUCAUCAUGUGGUGAUGCUUCCAUGGUCUGCAUUUGGCCAUUUGAUUCCGUUUUUCCAACUCUCCAUAGACAUAGCCAAAUCAGGCAUUCAUGUCUCCUUCAUUUCAACACCAAAAAACAUUCAAAGGCUUCCAAAACCACCUUCAGAUUUAUCUCAUCUUUUACAUUUGGUGGAAAUUCCAUUUCCAUCAUCAUUAGACUCAUCACAUCUCUCUGGUGGUGAGGCUACUGUGGACAUUCCAUUUGACAAAAUUCAGUACCUCAAGUUAGCAUGGGAUCAAAUGCAAAAUCCAGUGAAGGAAUUUGUGUCUAAGUUGCAACCGAAUUGGAUCAUUUGUGACUUUCAUAUACACUGGGCUGUAGAGAUUGCUCAAGAGCUUCAUGUGAAACUCAUGUACUUCUCUGUUUACUCUGCUUCCAGUAUUGUGUUUUAUGGAUCACCUGGUUCAUUGAGAGCUCUAACAUCACCAGAAGUCCUAACAUCACCAAGAGAAUGGGUGAAUUUUCCGUCAUCAGUGGCUUUUCAACGAAACGAGGCCAUUGCGUUCUAUCAAGGUGCAUACAUAGAAAAUGUGACCGGGGUAAGAGACAUUGAUAGGUUUGCCAAUAUAAUAGAAGGCGCGAACGCUGUAUCGUUUCGCAGCUGCUAUGAGAUGGAAGGUGAGUAUUUGAAUCUAUAUCAAGAACUUAUUGAGAAGCCGGUGAUUCCUGUAGGUUUGCUUCCUCCGGAGAUGCCAGAGAGAAGACUUGUUGAUGAGUCUUGGAGUAAGACUUUCGAGUGGCUUGAUGCGCAAGCAACAAAGUCGGUAGUCUUUGUUGGGUUUGGUAGUGAGUGUAAGUUGAACAAAGAGCAAGUUUUUGAGAUAGCUUAUGGAUUAGAGCUUUCUGAAUUACCAUUUUUGUGGACAUUGAGAAAACCAAGUUGGGCAAUUCAUGAUCAUGAUUCUCUGCCUCUUGGAUUUUGUGAAAGAACAUCAAAGAGAGGAAAAGUUUGUUUUGGAUGGGCACCACAAAAGGAAAUUUUGGCACAUAAAUCUAUUGGGGGGUCUUUGUUUCAUUCUGGCUGGGGAUCUAUAAUUGAGACUUUGAUGUUUGGCCACACUCUUGUAGUGUUGCCAUUCAUUCUUGAUCAAUCUCUCAAUGCAAAGGCUUUGGUUGAUAAGGGUCUUGCCAUUGAAGUGAAGAGAAACAAUGAAGAUGGUUCAUUUAGUAGAGAUGACAUAGCCAAAUGCGUCAGAGAAGCUAUGGUAUUGGAGGAAGGAGAGAAGCUUAGAAUCAAGACAAGAGAAAUUGCUAAAGUUGUAGGAGAUUUGAAGCUUCACCAUGAUUACAUGGAAGCAUUUGUCAAGUUUCUUAGGACUUGAUGAAUCUGAGAAUAGACCUUGUUAUUAGUCCAAAUGUUUCUUAUAUUGAGUGAUUAAUGAAUAAACUCUUAGGUUGUGUUUGAUUAGUGUCUUAAGACAGAUGCAGAUAUAUUGAGACUAUGGAGUCAGAUAAGAUAGUUAUUGAACAAACUCUUAAUGUUAUGGAUGUAUUUAAAUGUGACUUAAGCAGUAGAUCAACUAUGUAAUAAAUUAUCUUCUGCUGUUGA